GUCGUCGUCGUCACAGAGAGCAAAAAAUACUUGAUUCUACAGUGCACCAAUCCGGAUUCAAUCGUUGACGUUGAAAAUAUUAUUUUUUGCAUAGAAAUUUUUGUGCUACACUCGUUAGAACGUUAAAAGCUGAUAAAUUAAUAUUGCGUGCGCCCAGAGGCUAGAAUUUGUUACCCAAAACGCCUGAAUUCCGGUCGAAAACGGGUUUUUCAGAACAAGGAAAAGUUCCCCUUGAAAGUAUUACUCGCCAUUGCAUUCGUCGGUUUUUCAGGGGGUAAAGGAAAUAGACAAGGGUGCGGAACAAAGUCGCUCUGAUUAUUUUGUUUUCUGGUCUGGUCCGUGUUCCGUUGUGCGUUCCUCAGGGAACUGGAGAAGAAGUAGACCCAGCAGUAUCCGGAUUGUGGUGGAUGUGACCUAGCUGCCGUGAAGUGCGUAGAAAACAGGCAUCUAUUGGAAGAGGAAGCAGUACCGGAGGCGGCCAUCCGAAUUGAACAAUGGGUCUUUUAGGGAAUUCAAAUUCGCUGCUGCCCGAUAUAGAGAAAGCAACCAGCGAUACCAACACACAGGAAAAAUGGGGUCUCAUCAUGGACGUUUGCGACAAAGUGACCAAUGGUGCAGCCAACUCGAAGGAAUGCUUAAAAAUGGUCAUCAAGCGACUGAACCACAGCGAUCCCCAUGUGGUUAUGCAGGCCAUUACGCUUCUGGAUGCUUGCGUUAGUAAUUGCGGUAAACAAUUUCACCUGGAAAUUGCAUCACGAGACUUUGAAACAGAAUUUCGCAAACUUCUGCAGAAGAGUCAACCCAUAGUCAAUACGCGUCUGAAACUGUGCCUGAAAAAGUGGGCGGAAUCGGAGUUCAAAAGCGAUCCCCAGCUGAACCUGAUCCCUUCGCUGUACGGAAAGCUACGCGCGGAGGGGCACGAUUUCAGCGAUCCGUCCGUGACGCCUAAGCGCGAAGCCCCACUGAGUAAGGAUCCGAACGUUGUAUCUAGUCAACAGGAGGAGGAAGAUAUCGCCAAGGCGAUCGAACUGUCGCUAAAAGAGACGAAGAGCUCAACGGCGAGCAGUAGUCAGUCUCCAAAAAUGCAUGCCACCUCCGGUGGAACUGCUACAGCAUCGAGCUCCUUGUAUCCAUCUUUGCUACCAUCAUCGUCGUCGCCGGCACCUGUUGUUGAGCCUCGGAAGGUUCGUGCUCUUUAUGACUUCGAAGCGGCCGAAGAUAAUGAACUGACGUUUCAUACUGGAGAGGUUAUCAUGGUAUUGGAUGAUAGCGAUCCAAAUUGGUGGAAAGGACAAAACCAACGUGGGGAGGGUUUGUUCCCGUCCAAUUUUGUUACGUCUGAUUUGAAUGCUGAACCGGAAGGAGCUACUAAAACUAAGAAAAAUGUGCAAUUUUCUGAUGAGCAAAAGAAGGAGGAGGAAGAAAAAAUAAGAGAACAGGUGGUCGAGAUUGACGAGGAAAAAAUUGACCGAUUGUUGCAUUUGUUGCAUGAGGCCGAUCCAGAAGAUCCAUCUGCAGACACUGACGAAAUGUUGCAACUGGAACACAUGGUGAAUCAAAUGGGUCCAUUAAUUGAUACAGAGCUGGAACGGGUCGAUCGGAGACAUGCUCAGUUGACACAGUUGAGUAGUGAUCUGGUGGAGGCGAUAAACUUGUAUCAUACGCUGAUGCGAGAACCAGAUCGUUCAAUGAUGAUGGGGCCACCUGGUUACGGAAUGGGAGGAUAUCCAGGACAACCUCCUAUGUCGGGUAUGUACAGUAUUGGUGGUAUGUAUGGUCAAAACAUGGCUGGAAUGUAUCCGGGAAUGGGAGGAAUGCCCGGCGCCAUGCCUCCAUAUGGCAUGGGUCCACUUCGGCAUGAUAUGGCCCAAAUGGGCGUCAGUGCGAUACCUCAGUUUCCUUCUCCACAACAAGCCAUGCCUACAAUGUCUCAAAGCGGACCUUCUAGUUUACCACCACAGCAAAUAUCCACCAGUGGAGCACCUACAGCUGGAAUCCCUUCUUUAGGCCAACAACCCAUUCCUGCCGGCCAGCCUCCCAUGCACCAGCACAUGCCUCCUCAACCAGGAACUCAACCACCACAAACUCAACACAUGCCAAAUAUGUCAACUCAGCAACCCCCAACUAGCGCAGCUCCCCAUAUGAUGAACAUGGGGCACAUCCAAUCGCAGCUACCACCAAAUCUUACGAAUCCCACAUCAUCACCACCAUCAGUCAGUUCGGCGCCUACUUGUUUGCCGCAACAACAGCAACCACCACAAGCCCCAGUAGUAUCGAAUCAAUCCGGCAUCAGUCGGCCUCAGAUGUCACAACACCAUUCAGUUGCUGCUCCAGCUGGAAACUUUCCGUAUGGUGCAGUUCAGCCCUCUCAACAACAUCCUCAAGGGCCACCGAACGGUCCGGUUACGCUUUCUCAGCCUCCAACUGCAACAGCUCCGCCACCCAUGAAUAUGAACCAUCAUCCUCAACCACCUUCAAUGGCUCCGGUUCCUUCAUAUCAAACCACCGGCUUACCGCCCUAUAUGCAAAUGCCUCCAGGAAGCGCUCCAGGCGGUUUCCCGCCUAUCAGCACCGCCCAUCAUCACAUGUUAGGCCAUAUGAUACCGCCACAAGGAUCACCUCUUUCGAUCAACACUGCUACCAAUUCGCCACAAAACAUUCCAAUCUAUCAACAGCAACGCUCGAGCAGAAACAAGCCUAACCCUCAAGACCCUUUCCCUCGCCGUCAUCAAAACUAGCUUGUGUUACGUCGGAUCGGUACGUUGAAGGUUAUUAGAUGAAGAUGUUUGAUAUUUCUAGCUGCGAAUGGUAUCUUCAUCUGUGCAUCGAUAUAGCGGUUUAACAAAUAAAAAAAUAUGUGAACAUAUAAAACACUAAAUUACUAUGAUUAUACAAAUAUGUAUUUAAACUGAAAGUCAUAUGGAAAUAUUAGAGUGAUGGAUAGUAGUAAUUGAAGGAUGACUCAUUCACAGAAAGUUUGCGGUAGUCAGCGGAUUUCCAAAAAAAAGUGUAAUAUAUAAAUGCUGAAGAAGCCAAAAUUUAUUGGCUUAAAAAUAAAGUUUAUUCGAUAAUAAAUUAAAGUGAUGAACGGUAA